AUGACGAUGGCCUUGUUCGUUUUCCUUUUGUGUCUCGGCGGUUGCAUCAGAAUCUCCCUAUCAUCUACCUGUCAUGCGCAGUGUGAUUAUGACCACGUGACUGCAAGGGCUGACUGCUCCUCCCGUUAUCUGAGCUGUAUCCCCGUCAACUACCCUGACUCCGUCGUCAUGGAUCUCAGCCACAAUGACAUAUCGGUGCUGGAAACAGACGACUUCAGCGGGACGUUCGGGAGGUUGGUUGAGCUGUACCUUGACUACAACGACAUUUCUAACGUGGCGUCACUGUUGGAGUCAACCGGGUUGGGAAGCCUGCAGAAACUUUCGUUGCAACACAACGUCAUUUCGGCAUUGCAGACUUCAUGUAGCCUCAGCUCCCUUAUCAAUAUCUCGCUUGACUAUAACUCAUUAGGUGGCUUUAACUUUCCAAGCUGCACAGCUUUGGAAUAUUUUUCGGCAAAUUCCAACCUUGUUACUGGAUUUAAUUACGGGCAGUUACCCUCUAAAAUAAGCUUGCAAUUCAACGAAAUAUCAGGAUUUAGUCUAUCGCACACUGAUGUCAGUACACUCCUAUUAGAUAACAAUAACAUUGAUAAUUUUGCAUUUAGUGGUAACACGGUUAACUUAGUGUCCCUCAGUCAUAAUAAGCUGGGUACCUGUACCCUGACAGUUUCAUCCUUGUGUGAGUUCAAUAUCGCAAGCAAUGGACUAAAUGACCUCCGAUCAGUUGAUGUGCGUGUAAGCGGCGGUAACAAUAUGAAGAAACUGAAUAUAAACAGUAACUCAUUUGAUUCCCUGAUACAACCAGGGUGGGCAGAAGGUCUUCAGAUCUUACACGCUGAUGGCAACAUACUGGCCAACCUGUCCUCUACAACCCUACAAGGAUUCAGCAGCCUGACGGAGCUCCAUCUAGCAAAUAAUCGACUUGUGUUCAUCUCAUCAACGGCUCUGAGUCAACUCACUAUGCUACGGUCUCUGAAUCUUGAUGGCAACGCCCUGACGUCAUUCUUGGGUGGCACAUUCCUAAACCAAGCUAAAUUAGUUGAGUUGUCCAUCACAAACAACCAACUCUCCGAGUUACAUCCGGAUGACUUCCUGGGUCUGGACUCGCUCGAACGUCUGUAUCUCCCUGAGAAUCGACUGGUUUACGUCAAUCCAGAGAUGUUCCGGCAGAUGCCUGGCCUGACUAUGAUUGAUUUCUCUUAUAACAAACUUGAAGUCUUUGAUAUCACAAACUGUAGUGUUCUCAGCAACUUAACAAAUCUCCUGUUGGCUCAAAAUUCAAUCUAUUACAUCAGCUUCAUUAUUGGCCAGUGUGAUAGCUUGGUAGUCCUGGACUUAAGUUUUAAUCAGAUCCAAGUGCUUCCUGGUGACUCUCUUACUGAGGGAAACAGAGCGCUAUCCAGACUUGAGCUUCAAGGCAACCCGCUUCAGUGUGACUGCCGGUUGACGGGUCUACGUGACUGGCUUCGCAACAAUCCCCCGUCUGUUCUCCCUCGAUGUCAAGGUCCACCGCAGAACUCAGGAGCAUUGGUUACAGACUUGGACUUCCAAGAUUUCAUAUGCGAUCCUCCUAAGGCCAAGACAAACGUGAACCAUCUCAACGUGAUAGUCGGUCUGGCAGCGACUUUGUCCUGCACGGUGACUGGCAUACCCAUCCCAAUCAUAACAUGGCUGAACCCAAACGGUACGCUGAUAGUAAACGACUGUAAGAGCAGGUUUAUCAUUUUUAUAGACACGAUCCUACACAUCAUUUUGGUGCGGAAAUCAGACGAAGGAAUGUACUCGUGUUUAGCCCAAAAUACCCUCAAUGAGAGUGAUAGAGCUAUGGUCAACGUCAUUGUUACAUAUGCCUUGGCAACGACUGUUGAACCAUAG